AUCUCUGCUGCAGCGGCAUCAUGGGAAACACCUCCGGCAUAUCAGUGAAGGAGCUGAGCGCAUGUCACUCCCACUGGUGGUACCGCAAGUUCAUGACCGAGUGUCCGUCCGGGCAGCUCACCUUCUACGAGUUCAAGAAGUUCUUCGGCCUGAAGAAUCUGUCCGAGACAUCCAAUGAGUACGUCAAGACCAUGUUCAAGACCUUCGACAUUAACGACGACGGCUGCAUUGAUUUCAUGGAGUACGUGGCAGCUCUGAGUCUGGUUCUGAAGGGUGGAGUUCAGCAGAAGCUGCGCUGGUACUUUAAACUGUUCGACGUGGACGGCAGCGGCUGCAUCGACCGCGAGGAGCUGCUGCUCAUCUUCAAGGCCAUCGAAGCCAUUAACGGAGUAGAGCAGGAGUUUUCCGCUGAAGAACUUACUGACAUGGUGUUUAACAAGAUUGAUGUUAACGGAGACGGCGAGCUGUCUCUGGACGAGUUCAUCGAGGGCAUCCAGGCGGACGAGGUUCUGUCGGUGAUGCUGACCCAGAGUCUGGAUCUGACUCAUAUCGUCAGUAACAUCUACACAGACAUGGGCUCAGCCUGAGAUCAGGUGCCAAACCAGAAGAAGAAGAGGAGCGUUUCUCAACUCUGAAGAUGCUGAUUCAGCUUUAAACCCUCACAGUGUUAAUAAAGUUCAUCUGCAUUUCAGCAGCCACACAAUAACUGAGACUAGAGCAGACGCUUCGUUUAAGUGCACUUAUACUUAUGGUUCAUUUGUGAUAUUAAAACCUAGGAUUUCAACCAAUCCUGUGAAAUACUUUUCUUCAGCCCUGUGAUGUCCUGUAAGAACUCCAUCUUAAUAUGACGUAGUAUUAUUAUUAUAGAUAUGAAGUAUUGUAGUAUUUGUUAUGUUGUUGUAAUUUUACACU